AUUGUCGUUGUCAUCACGAGAUAUUUCAAUCUUCCUCGUAGACGUGUCGCGGUCAGGCAUGUUUUAGCGAGUCAAAAUUUGUUCCACUCGAUUACUUAUUAUGUCGGGUCCACCCCCGUAUGCACCUUACGGGUCGCCACCUGGAUACGACGCAGCAGCACAGGGAAAUCCUCCAUACCCGCCACCGCCGGCUGGAUUCCAACCAGGUGUUCUUACGACAGGUCCGCAAUAUCCAGGGGACGAUGGAUUCGCUCCGCCGGGGCCUGGCAGCGCCCCGCCCCCAAUAGGCUUCCGCUCUCCUGAGCCUGGGUUCAUAGGCCAAGAUACUUCUCUCGGCCGUUUCGCUCCCUAUUCUACACCGCUUCCUCCGGUUGGUCAGCAAGUAUUAACUCCAGCCUAUGGCGGGGAACGCCCUUCUACGUACGGGACGACAUAUUCUGCUUCGGGCAAUCAAUAUGGCACAUCUUUUGCACCAGGAUCAGCGUCACUGAGACCUAGCACAUCACAGUCGGGAUUGGGUGGAGUACAACCCGGUCCGUAUGGGACGGGAUAUUCUGCACCUGGAAGCCAAUAUAAUUACCAACCUUCAGCUCCAAGCGGUGCGUCACUGCGACAGGCACCACCUGCUGACUAUGGUGGGGUGCGUCCUUCUACAUACGGAACGGGAUAUUCUGCUACGAGCACUCAAUAUGGGACACCUUCUGCAGGGCCGGCGUCACUGAGACCAGCAGUACCGGGGCAAACGGGCAUGCAAUACGCUGGUGGGACGUCAGCAGGGUAUAACGCUGGCAGCCAGAGCAACAUACGGGGAGGACCUCCGCAGCAGAGAGGCCCGUACCAACAGCGACAAUAGAAUGCAUACGUGUAUAUCUCAUAGUAAACUAGCCUCUUGCAGAGAACUGACUUGACUCGAAUGGACAAACCAAGCAACGCCCAAGCUGGAUUCCUUUGAGACCGCUAUCCGACUCUCAUCAACUUCAUCCUGUCCUGUCGGGCUAGGAGAUGCGUCGCGGCUCAUAUUAUCUGCGCAAAAAUUGUUCGAACAUGCGGUCUGUACACAAGUCAUAGGCGACAACAUAUCUUUCUUUCGUAAUCCGAUCAUUGUCGAUGAAUGAGUUUUUCAACAAAGGGCUAUCGUUUCUCCAAUACAAAUGCAAUAACUGAAAGAAAUCCAAUUUCAGGUGUAUAGAAAAACAUCGCCCAAUGCUCCUUAAAGGGAUCGCGAUACUUUGUCCUAGGUUAUACCGAAUAAACGUGAAAGAUAAUUA